GGCAACACUGAAAUCGAAACACGGUGUUUUCUCCGUUACCAAACAAAACAUUUUUCUAAAAACCUGUUUUUGUUUGUGAUAUUUAAGGGCUUAACGCCCGUUUUUCUUUUUGUAAAUUUCCAGUUAAAAAGUUUACUUCCAUGGUGCUGGUUUGUUAUUUCAGAAUAAGUAAUUAACAAUUCUUGAAAAUGGAGUCUGCCAAAGCUAAUACACAGAACAGUACCAGAAGCAGAGAAUUCUUAACAAAGUCACUUUUAGCAGGAGGUGUGGCAGGAAUGUUUUCUAAAACAACAGUUGCCCCUCUUGAUCGAGUAAAAAUUCUUCUGCAGGCCCACAACAAACACUACAAGCAGCACGGAGUGUUCUCGGGGCUGGUCAAAAUAGUCAAGUUUGAAAAUUUGUGGGCGCUGUACAAAGGAAAUGGGGCCCAGAUGGUCAGGAUUUUUCCCUAUGCUGCUACACAGUUCACCUCUUACGAGGUUUAUAAACCUAUAUUUGGGAAUUUGAUGAGUCAACAUCACUUUUCCAAAUUUUUAUCGGGCUCGGCAGCUGGAAUUACUGCUGUGUUGCUUACUUACCCACUUGAUACCAUUAGAGCAAGGCUAGCCUUUCAAGUUACAGGUGAACACAAAUACUCUGGAAUAACACACACCGCAAUCACCAUGUUUAAAGAGGAAGGUGGAGGCAGGGCUCUAUAUCGUGGCUUCACACCUACUGUUAUAGGCAUGAUACCUUAUGCAGGACUGUCAUUUUACUGUUUUGAGGGCCUCAAAUAUUGCUGCAUGAAACACCUGCCUCAAUGGACAUGCGAGCCUUGUCCCAUCAACUCUGGCGGCCUGGUUUUGAAACUGUCUGCUAAAUUGCUGUGCGGAGGAUUCGCUGGUGCCAUUGCUCAAAGCUUUGCAUAUCCAUUUGACGUCACAAGGAGGCGGAUGCAAUUAGCACAAGUGACUCCCGACAAGCACCACUGGGGUCGCCUGGGAAUGGUUGCUACUUUGGUACAAAUCUACAAGCGAGAAGGUAUAGCUUACGGACUAUACCGAGGAAUGUCUAUCAAUUAUUUACGAGCUAUCCCCAUGGUAGCUGUAUCAUUCACAACAUAUGAGCUCAUGAAACAGAUGCUCAAACUUGAUACGGGUAUUAAGAUAGAGUGAUAUUUGUUGCCAUUCACAUGUUUCAGUCCUUGCUUGUGAAGUUUAGAAUGUAAACAAAAUUUGAAAUAUUUUUUUAAAGGGUUAAAGCAGACAAAUUUGAUGAAAAUGACUAGACUGUUUUAACUUGUAUACAAAUUGUUCAUACGAUCACGAGAUGCCACAGUGCUAGCAAUAAUGCUCUUGACUACGAACAGAAAUGUUUGUUCAGAAAUGUUGAAAUAGAAAAAAAAAUUUUUGUAUAGUGAAUUGAAAUAACUCAUUAUAGUUUAGUCUUUCAAAAUUAUGACUUGUUUCUUUUCUAUGCUUUGGGGACUACAGAAUAUAUAGAUGAAAUUA